AGAUGUCGGUUGUUUGGUCCGGCAGCUCGAUUCAUCCAAUCAUCUUGCGCAUCUCAAGGACCUCCAGAGCCUUUCAAUUUCGAGGUGACUUCUGUCGAAAAUCUGAUUGAGCUAGACGUCAAGGUGAGACGCGUAGGUGAACAAAGUGAACAACAUCUUCGACGGACGGAGUUUCGACUGACUGAUCGGGGGGAGAUCUCAGCAACGUCAUUGGACCUAAAUCUGAUCGUUCGGUUCUACGCAGACUACGUUUGCUUGCCCAACUACUUUGGAAAGCUCUGUGACAAAUUCUGUGAUCAAAAGGCACCGGAGCACAUUUGUGAUGAAUUCGGCAAUCCAAAAUGUCGGUCAGACUAUUUCUGGGAUACCAAAACCAGUUCGUGUCGUCUAGACUUGUGCUCGCGCAUGCCAGACUACUGUCUCAACGAGGGCACCUGCGUCACCAAUCCAGACCGCAAUGCUGAUCAUCCAUACUGCCUGUGCAGACCGGGCUUCAUCGGCCGGCGGUGUGAGACCAAACAGCCGGAAACUACGACGCUAGUCCAAGAAACCACCGCUGUCACAACGGUGACGCAGAGGCACACGAACCGUCCGCCUGGCUCACCUGAUGGGGAGCAUUACCAACGGGAAAGCAGGGUACCUCAUCUGGAGGUUGGUCCCACAAACCAUUCAAAGUUGAUUCGGAAUGCCCACAAACAUAGCCCAGUAAAGGAUCCUCGAAAAUAUUCAGCAGUUGAGAAACUUGCCGAUGAGGAAGAGCAGGAGAGGAAGAGAACGGAAUUUAAAUGGGGUCCAACUGUUUCAGAGCUAGAAGGAGGUCACCGCGUGAGGCAACUGACAGGAGAUGAUGAGCCACGAAUGAGGCGAAUCUUGCUGCCGAUUUUGGUUGUGAUUCUGAUGUCUGCCCUCCUUCUAGUUUGCGCUGGUUUCGUGGUAUGGAUCGCAGUUCGUAGGGGAAAGCAGAAAGCAAGAUCUUUAUCCAAGAAGACUAAUCCACCGGACUCCCUGGACUUUCAGGCACCCCCAAAACGCUGGGCUUCUGUAGAUAACUCCCCGACUCGGUUUUGCGGUUUUAUGCAUGGUCAUUAUCCACCUUUACCAUCACUCAACGAAUGCGCCUUUUUCGGGGAGCCUCCGGUGGAGACGGCAGACCUUCAGUGCAGUUCGCCCAUCUAUCCAAACUUCCAACAGCCAGUACCUUUCCCAUCGGCUGAAGCAAUUAACCACUAUUCAGUAGGUGGGAUUCCAGAAUGUGGAUGGAAUUACGAUGCCAACCGGUUUUCAACAUUGCCCAGAAAUUUGACAACACUUCAGCGUCGAAGAACUAUGGAGCCUUUUUAUGUGGCAACCACCGUGGAUCCCAACAGGAUAUAUACAGGUGUCCCAACAACUCUGAAUAAUGGGAGCUAUAUUGAUCCGAGAUUUCGGGCGAGUACAAUCUUGGGACCACUGCUUACAGACCCUCCUCAGACACUUCAACCUUUAGACAAUGGGUCACAGUUUCUCCAACCACCAGGUGGCUCUCUGACCCCCUCAGUUCAUGGUAUAUGUUCCAGCAAACUAGAAUCGACCCCAUUGAAUACUUCAUAUCUAUUCCCUUCUUUCAUCGCUACCACGGAAGGAAAACCUUCAGUUACGGGUUCAGUACAUCACGAGGAGUGUUCCCAUGAUCAGGAUGUUUCCAGCACAACUCCUGCUCAUCAUCUUGAGGAAGAACACACUAGACAAUCUCCAGGUAACCCAUCACAACAAAUACCCUCGCCACCGCUGGAAUUUUCCGACUCAUUCCUUAGUUCACUCUGUUAAUAUUUCAACCGGACGAUGAAGAUCAACAUGUCUGAACAAGUUUUCCCACAAUACAUUUGUGCGUUCAGCUAAUUUUUGAGAGCCUCACUAUUAAAUUAACAAUUCCAGUUCAUUUUUUGGUUCCCACUGUGGUGCAGCAACUAGUCACCUGUACUGUAAUCUCCUUCUACACUCCGUUAACUUGUGAAAAUCGCUCAUAUUGUGUACAAAUCAGUCGCUUUCGACUCACGUAUCUUCCUCGAAGAUUAGUUCUUUCCUCAUCUGAAUAACUAUUUUUGCCUUGGUAGUUGUAGAUAAUCACGUGGUGAUCUUCUCUUUGAUCUCGUUUAUAGACUGACACCUACUCCAUGUCAAAACCCGUAGAGCCUGGGGCUUGUUUCAAAGGGAAAUCAAUCUCCUGAGCUCUAAAAAAGAGUCAGCGUUUCACUGAAGCUACAUCUCGGUUGGGUAGAACCUAAUUCGUAAUAACUGAUGUGGUGCGGGCAGAUUCCUCCAUCAAGCGCUUGUAUGGUGGGAGAGACAUGGGCCCCGCGCUUGACAACCCCGAUUUGACUUUUGUAUCGACCGAUGUUUAGCCCUGUAUACAAUCCUGCCGUGCUUUUAUUUCAUCUGGAUGCUUAUCGCCAUAUUCCUCUUCGAUUUACCCGCGUUCGCAACGUCGAAAAAGAACAUCACUUUCUUUUCCAUUUCCAAAGCAAGUCUUGGUAACUAGUCUGCCUGACAACUAUUUGUCCUCAGUGACCUUGUUUGGGUGUCCUUUGAGGCUGACUGUUAUUAAACCAAUAAUUGUUAUCAGUAUUACUAUGCUUUUUCUUUGAUGGACUCUCAUUCAGAGAGCAAUCCACGCAUACGUCAAAA